AUGUCAUUGGACCCCGAAGUUCGUAGAAAGCUUUUAGCUGCACAGAAGGUUGGCGGUAAUAAGAAAUGCAUUGAUUGUGGAGCAGCCAAUCCUCAAUGGUGUCUGCCUAAGUUUGGAAUUUUCAUUUGCCUUGAAUGUGCUGGGAUUCACCGUGGACUUGGGGUUCAUAUAUCAUUUGUUAGAAGUAUUACUAUGGAUCUGUUUAAGCCCGAUGAAGUAUUGAAGUUGGAACGUGGUGGGAAUGAUCGGUUAAAGAGUUAUUUUGAAGAGCAUGGUGUUGAUAUGUCACUUCCUGCAAGACUUAAGUAUGAUAAUUAUGUUGCUGAAGAUUAUAAGCAGCUUAUGGUUUGUGAAAUUGAAGGAAGGGAGUUUGUUCCUGAAGAUCAUACUGGUCAAAAGUUACCUACAAUUGGUGAUGAGAAUGUUCAUUCUAAUACUCCUUCUAGCUCUGGUACUGGAACUCCAACCACUAUGCAAUCAUUUGGACUGAAUCAACAAGAUCCUUUACAAUCUCGUCGUAGCACGGGAAUCAACAGUCAACAAAAGGCUAAAAGUGAAGCCUAUUUCGCUGAAUUGGGUAACUUGAAUGACCUGAGACCUGAACACUUGCCUCCAUCUCAAGGAGGGAAAUAUGCUGGAUUUGGUAAUACACCCGUACCUCAAAAGGCCACUAGUGGAAGUGGGGGAGGUGGGUCUCUUAAUGAUCUUAGUGUGAACAAUUUGCAAAGUGAUCCUUGGGGAACCAUCUCUAAAGGUUGGGGAUUGUUUUCUUCUACUGUGGCUAAGUCCGUCAGUGAGGUCAAUGAAUCUGUGAUUAAACCAGCUGUCAGCAAGAUUCAAGAAGGUGACGUUGGCGUUGAAGCCAAGAAGGCUAUGGCUCAGUUUGGACAAAAGAUGCAACAAACAGGGAAAUAUGGCCAAGAAACCUUCCAGUCAUUUACUAAAGAUAUGCAAGAGAAUGGGUUAAGUAAUUCCAAGUUCACUCUGUUGUUUGAUGGGGGAAAGAAACCAGUCCAACCUGCUUUUGGAAUUGAGAAACCUCUGCACAGGACUGAUUUACAAGGUUUUAGUCUGCUGAAUACUGAACUCGAUAAGGCUAUUCCUACUAAAGUUGUUCCUAAUAGAACAACACCUGUUGCAAAGUCCACUUAUCAACCCAAGAAUAUUUCUGAAAGUAAAGGUUUACUUGAUGAAGAUGAUGGAUGGGAUGAUUUUUAG